AUGGCCUUCACUAACCCCUCACUCCCGCUCGAGCUCAUGCUAAUCAUCGCCGAAUGCGCCGAUAACCGGGAGCUCUCCGUCCUCUCCCGCGCCUGCCGCACCCUCCACACCGUCCUCGCCCUGCAGCUCAACAAGAGAUACACAGCCAGCAUCGAGGACAUCGCCAAGUGGGCGUCUGCCAACUGCCGGCCCGCUUCCCUCGAGCGUGCCAUUGCCAUCGCCAUCGCCCCCACCUCCGUCAUCCCCGACGACCAGGAGCGCCUCCGCACCCACCUCCAGGACCGGCUUUCACAGCUCCUCCUCCUGACUAUCGCUGAUCCCGCCAUGGUCUCGACCGCGAGGGUGCUCCUGUGCCACGGCAUCGGUCCCAGCCGUACGCCGGCUUACUCCUGCUACGACAACCACAGCGAGAAGUCAUGCAUGUACCGCGCGGUGCACCACGGGGACCUUGCGCUGGCGCGGCGCCUGCUCGAGGAGACUGACUGCAGCAGCGGGUUUACGGCGGGAGGUAGCGCGGCGCUGCUGCACUUCGCUAGGGCCCGCAGGUUUGAGGUGCCGAUGGGUUCGAAUGUGGAGGAGAUGAUACAGCUACUAGUAGAUUAUGACCCGCAGCAGGGACAACCCAGCUAUCCGGAGAUCCGCUCAGAAAACGCGCGGAGGCUGGAGCAGAUUCUCAGUGUCUCAAAGGAACCGGGCGCGAUCAUGGAUUUGUGGGUGAAAUGGGAGCGCGAUGUAGGUGCCGCUUUUUCUUCCAUGGUGGUGGUCAGGGAAGUUGGCCAAAUAUAUACUGCUAGUACGCCCAUUGGAAACGGACUCGAGCUUGGUGGGCUGAAUAGACAGCUCAUCAACAUCGUAAUGCUCAAGAUCGGGAUGUUGCCGGAUGUCGAAGUAGGGAGUGGUGGGGGAGAAGGGAGGCGCAGAUUGUAUGCCAGAUCGUGA